UGUCAUUGCCAGCAAUUCUUCACGCGUUAGCUGUAAUCAGUAUACACCCUCUCCUAUUAACUACCUUUCUCGCUUCUACCAGUAGCCAAAGCUUAGGUACUUUACACGAUGCAUCUUCUCCAAUCCCUCCUCUUCUACACCGGCAGCUUCACGCUCCUCAACCCCACCGUCGCGCACAACGAAGUCUUAACUCCGCGGAGCAAAAACGCAGACGCAGACGCCAUCUCAUUCACAUUCCAGCCCGACGACAGCGUCAGCGGCGCUCUAACCAUGCACCCGGAGCAGACGCUCGAGUACUUCAAAAGCGAGCUUGGGAUCGACGUGACAAAACUACGGAACUACCCGGAGCUCUUCGGCAAGAGUCCUAGCGGGCACUACACCUUCCCCGAGCUAAGCGGCGUGGAGGGCACGCUGUCCUGGAACCUAACAGGACGAGAUCCCGCUUCGCUCGGCGCCUACGAACGACUCAAUUGUGACGACUGCGCCGCAAUCUGUGGAGGCUUGGCUGCAGUCCCCUUCGGAUUUAUCAUGUACAUACAUAUACCAGAUCUGCUACAUGCCUUUGAUAAUAACUACGUGUGUCAUUCAUGCUAA